UCAGUCGAUUGCGGUGUAAGUGAGUGAGUACAUUAAAAGAUGACGCACGACAACUCGCCCCUACAUGUGAUACGCGACCUGCUCUGGACCAUACUUCUGGUUAAUUAUGAAAUCCUACGUAGCAUCUUCAAGUGGUUUAUACCAAAUAAACGUAAGGACGUCCGUGGAGAAGUCGUGCUGGUGAGUGCACUUUACUUCAAUACUCCUAAACUUUUUAUUUAUUCAUUUUAUUUAUUCAUUAAGUUAUUCCUGUACGCCGUAUUUUGUCGACAUCGAAUUCUGUUUUUUUUUGGCAUUAACUUUUUGGAACUGGUUGUUGUCUAGUCUACAUCUGAUCUUACUGCGUAACCGACUUGCCUAACCUUAAUAAACUCGUUGAAUUAUGAAUAGUUUUGUACUGACUAAUACGAGGAUAUCGUACUACCAUUAGUCUGUAACUAUAAUGAGUCACACCUACAGAAUUGAGGGAGUCAAUACUGUAAUGAAAACGACGCUGUGAGUACCGAUUGUUCUAAAUCUCUCUCUAUAUUAUAUAAGCGAAAUAUCACUGACAGACUGACGGACUCAUCGAGAUCUCUAAAACUAUACACCCGAUUGACGUGAAAUUUAGUAUAGUUACUAAUUGCGCAAUGUAGACGCUUACUAAGAACGGAUUUUACGAUAGUCACACCAAAAAAAUUUUUGAUAAAAUGGUAACUUAUGUUACGGUAACCGUUUUAAUGGUAACCGUUGCUAUGGUACUAUUUAAUGCUACUACUAACAUAGUUAAUUGUAUUUUUUUUAAUAAUGGAUGUUGAAUAUUUCUUAAUAGAUCAAAUGCCUACUACUUUGAAAUUUUUUUAAAUUCUUGGUGACGGAGCAUGUUUAUUUUCUUCUCUCCCUUUGCUGAUGUACGAUGAUGUAUCGAUAGCAUAUAAGAUGAGAAUUAUUAUUGUUUCCUACGUGUAUAUAACAACUUGGAUCGGUUUAGAUGCUACACUCAAAUGCUAUCCGGAGCCCUUUAUGAUACGAAAGAUUUAUAAUUAAAUUUUUUGACUUUAUUAUAACUAUAGAUUUAUAACUAACUGACCCAUUCAUAAAAUAUUAUCGCGAAGCGGGCGGGUUUCAGCUAGUAAGUAUAUAUUUUUUUAUACUUAAACAUUUUAAGAUAGACGAGGGAUUUUGCGUUGCAUCGAAUUUGCAUUGCAUCAUCAAUGUGGUUCUGAGUUCAUCAAGUAUCGAUAAUAAUAUUGAUGCACCUCAAAUGAGUUUAAUCGGUCAACUCGAUGAAAGUAAAUAUUUUAUUUGCGUUCACUGUGUCCACUGUUGACAAUUGGCUAUAAAAAUCUACUUAAUAAGUAUAUAUUAGAUAGUAAAUUAACUUUAUAUAAGGCCUAGUGACCCGCCCCGGCUUCGCUUGGCUUAGCUCUUAAUAUGGCAUUAUUUAAGUUUAAGAGACACCGCACACUGCAGACUUUCUAUCGGGCGAGAGUUUAGUCGGUUUCUUAAUCAGUAUUGAGAUGUAUACUAGUGCGCAUAUUAUAACGAUUAUUUAUUGGUCGAUAAAUCAGUUUGCUGGGCUACACGAUUCCCUUCAAACUAAAUUGUUGGUCUCUUAGAUGAUCAUCAAGGACCACUUAUUUUAUAUUUUUAAUUGUUGAACUUCUUUAGAAUCGUUGUGAUUUGAAACUGGAAACGAAAAGAGACAAACAUAUACAUCUAUAGCAUUUAGCCUGCGAGAGAAUGAGUGUCCUAUUAUCUCAGUCUCCUCUUCUGAAAGUUUAUUUUCUGUCGUGUGUGAGCUGCAAACUAACUUUUUUUUCGUUCUCUACUAAUACUACUAAUUUAAGUUGUACUAAUUUUAACGGUGGUAGAACCACGCGGCAGUUUUUGCUGUUGCACGUAUGGGCCGGCUCGAGCCGGGUUGGUAACACGAACUCACAGAAUUCCAAGGGGAAGGCAUUGGCCGUUAGUUUGGACAUUGCGAAGGCCUUCGAUCGGGUUUGGCACAAAGUGCUUCUUUCGAAGCUCCCUUCCUAUGGGCUUUCCGAGAAAUUGUGCAAUCGGAUCACCAGCUUCCUCGUAGAUCAGAGCAUCAAGGUCGUAGACGAUGCAUGCUCCGACCACAAGCCUAUUAACGCUGGUGUUCCACAAGGCUGUGUGCUAUCACCAACGCUAUUUCUUCUGCAUAUCAAUGAUAUGUUGCAAACUGGUAACAUUCAUUGCUAUGCGGAUGACAGCACUGGUGAUGCUCUAUACACCAGCCGUGCCAAUAUUUCUCGGGAAAACGUCGCCGAGUACAGGAACAAAUUUGUGUCUGAAGUCGAGUCUUUGCUGAACAAAGUCUCGGAUUGGGGGCGAAUAAAUCUAGUCCAGUUUAAUCCUCAGAAGACACAAGUUUGCGCGUUUACCGCUAAAAAGAACCUCUUUGUCGUAUCUCCUCAGUUUCAAGGCGCUCCCCUUGUUGCCUCAGCCAGUAUCGGAAUCCUCGGCGUCGAAAUAUCGAGUGACGUGUAGUUUCGUGGUCACUUGGAAGGGAAGGCCAAAUUGGCCUCUAAAAAGCUUGGCGUGUUCAGCAGAGUGAGACGGUAUUUCAUGUCGGCACAUCGCUUGCAAUUUUACAAAGAGCCAAUCCGGCCUCACAUGGAAUACUGUUCUCAUCUCUGGGCCGGGGCACCCCAGUGCCAGCUCCAUCCACUGGACCACUUCCAGCGCAGAGCGGUUCAAAUCGUCGACCACCGAGUUCUUUCUGAUCGGCUCGAUACACUAGCACUGUGUAGAGAUGUUGCAUCUCUUUGCGUAUUUUAUCGCAUGUACCACGGGGAGUGCUCUGAGGAAUUGUUCGGAUUAAUCCCAGUCGCCAAAUUUCACGAACGCACAUCGCGGCAGUACUCGCGAUACAUUCCGCAACAUCUGGAUGAUUAGCGGUCCACCACUGUGCGAUUUAGAAGAUGUUUUCUUCCUCGCACAACUUCCUUGUGGAAUCGAUUACCAUCAGCGAAUUUUCCAGACCGAUACGACUUAGGGACCUUCAAGAAAAGAGCCUACUCCUUUUUAAAAGGCCGGCAACGCAUCUGCAAUUCCCCUGGUUCCCCUGGUGUUGCAGUUUUUCAUGGGCGGUGGUAGUCACUUACCAUCAGGUGAGCCGCAUGCUCGUUUUUAUACGUAAUAAAAAAAUAAAUUUACACGUAUUUUUCAUAAACAAGCAUAGACUAGCCGGUAGCCGGUGUGUUGCUGCCGCAGAAGAAAUAAUUGUGGAAAUAAAAUUUUAAAGAACAAUGGCCAAAUUUCCAUAGGAGCUGGACUUGACUUUUAUUUUUCAUGUCCCAAAACAAGCUAUAGCUAGAUUGGUUUGUUUUUAUGUUGUAAACACCAUCCCGUAUGAAAAUUAUAUCUAAAUAGUCACAAUUUUUUAUGAUAACGUCAACAAUACUUUUGAGGUUAGCAUCACAUAAUAUGUAAUCUUCUUCAGUGAUAUAAAAUAAGAAUUAGAUGUGUAUUAUGAUGUACGAUUGUGUGUGAUGUCUUAUGUUAGUGUAAUAAAAUAAGUAGGCAUGUAAAUAUGUACUGUUAUUGAAGAAUUCCACUCGCGGAUCUUAGAAAUUACUCUGGUAUCAAGCUCAAAAACGAGAUAGCGGCGAAGUGUAUCAAUGCAUAUGUUACAAUGAACACAUAGCAAUCGCAGGGCUAGUUGUAGCUGUAGUCUGUAUGAUGUCUCUCACAAAUAUGCAAGAUGCAAAAUCGGUGUCCAGAAAUCAAAAGCACAGAAUAAUCGUUACAAGUGGUAGUUAUCAGUCCGUAUAACAAUGCCGAAGUC